GCCCAGAAGGUGAAGGAUAGUGGCAGAUAUAAAUGCAGACGCUGGUGGCUCUACUUUGACAGGAAGGAAGGAGCAAGCCAGGUGUUCUCUCAGGCUCUGCCUACCAGCUAGAGAGGACAGGGCACCACGGAAUCCUAGGAUAACUCUCCGCCAGGGCAAAAGGCUCUGGACUCUGACCCGGAUCACUCCUCUCACCUCUGAAAUACUCUCCAGGACUUUGGGGCCGGCAGUGCUCAGCACCUGGUGACUCUGGGAGUCCCGGGGAUUGGAAAUGUUUAUGAGAACCUUCCCUUCCAGUUCCCUCUGCACACCCGACCCCAGGGGGAGGUCAGUGAACUGUUCUUAUCAAGUGGGAGGGGGGCAUGUGGAAGGCAGAACUUGAGAAGGGAACUUGUCUUUCCUCGUUUCCUUCAUCACCUCUGGAAGCCCACAGAUAGGAAGAUUGAGGCAGGGGGGAAGAGGGAGAAGAGUUGAGAAAAAGAAAAAGGAGGAGGAGAGAAAAAAGAUAAAGUUAAAAAUACUGAGUGAUAGAGGGACUUUUCUUUCGAAUUUCAGAAGUUGGGGCUUUGUCUUGGAAUGUACAGAAGGAGGAGGGGCAAAGCAGCCUUUUGCAGCCAUCAGCUUAGCGCUAGAAGCUCCUAGAAAGGGGCAGAGAAAGUCUAGUGGGAGCGGUUGCAGAGCAAAGAAGGGGCCUGCCUUCUAGCCUCAGCAAAAUGAGAGACCCAGCCUGCCUACCUAGCCCCAACACACUCAAAACUGGCAAGGGGUCAGUUUCCUAAUGGGUUCCACCUCCCCUGGAAGCAGACCUGAGAGGGAGCCUGUGGCUAUUCCCAAAGACAUUCGGCACUACUCACACACCCCCAGCCCUGCCCUGGAGGUCCCCCUCUGUCUUCGACAACUGAUGAGAACUCCAGUCACUUGUACUUUCAUGGCAUUUUCGAUGCCUUCUCUCUUCGAUCCCAAUGCCACCCACUUUUGGAGCAGGGGACCAAAACCCUGGGGCAGGGCACUAGGGAGAGCCCCAUUAGACAACCCUCUAUGAACCCCAAUGCCGCGUGCUGGUCUUUCUCGACCCCUGCCCCAAAUCUCCGGGUAAGAACAGCACCUUCUCCCAGCUAGGAGCCUUUGCCGCUGCCGCUGUGGGGAGCACAUUUGCCAGAGCUUCUUAACUCCCAAAAACCUGUUUCCGGGUAAUUCGUUGACUCUGAACGAAUACAUUAAAAUACGGGCAAGAAAAGAAACAAGGCCACCCUUAGAACCUCUUCCCCACUCUACAUACCUGAAGUGCAGGCGAGGCCCCAGCAAAUGGGAGAUUUCUUCCUUGAAUAGCCAUCUGGAGGUCAAGCCCGGCUGUGGAAAGCUUAAGGUCACCUAGAUGGGGAGAGGGGCAAUGGGAGGGAAAAAAAAAAAAAAAAAAGCGAACAUUUGGAGUCAGCAGCCAAAGCCGUCUUAAAGAAAAAUAUAAAGACAUUUAUCUCUUGCCCCUUGGGGAAGAAAAAUCGCCAAGUUCUCUUUUGGUUCCUAGGAGGAAGGAAACAGCUGGGGGUAGGGGCUGGGAGGAGGUGGGAGGAAAGGAGAUCUCAGGCUCAAGCUGUCCAGACAACUUGCGGGGGAGGGAAUACGCUUUUCGAUAGCUUGUUAAUGAAAAAAAAAAAAAGAAAGAAAGAAAGACAGACUUAGGAGACGCGGCGCGGUUAGCUCACCAGGGACAGACAGUUGUAAUAAUAAGAGAAGCUAGGCUUGUCAAUCGGCCUUCACACUUUUAAAAUGCAGUUAUGGAUUCUCUCAUCAGUGUUAGAACAAGGCACCAAGUUAAGAAAACAAAAGCCCAAACAAUAAAAAAAAAUUAAAUAUAUCAAAAGCGUAUUCAAUUACCGAGUCCCGCAACCCCUGCGGAACUCGCCGCGUUAAGCUCCCUUUUCUUCCUGCGGAAUUCCAUUUGCAUCCCCUGUGCCUGGGUGUCUCCCUCUCUCAGUGUGUGUGUCUCUCUGUUUUCACACUCUCCUCCCCAUUCGAGCGAGGCCCACACCUGGCGCAUCACUGCCGAGCCAUUAGCUGCGGGUCUCCUUUCAUCUUCGCUGUGGCAGACGUUUCUAUUUAUCCACUUGCGCUCACCGAGUGGCGUCACCAGCGGUACUGUAAUGACGACUGCAGCAGGAGGAUGACAGCUUAGAAAGAAGAGGGCAAUGGGGCUUCCUCCCAGAGGCGGUGCGGCACAGAGGAGCGCUCGCAUCACAAGGUGACCCCAGCUCCCCACCGCCACCGCCGCCGUCACCGUCGACACCGCGUUCCGGCCGCUCCGCGCCCGCCCAGUCGCCUGGCCCCUUUCUCCCUCCCUCAGCCAAGAUCUGUCGGACCGCUGGGGACCCAGGGAGCCGGGGGGCUAGGAGCUCACUUGGGGCUUUCCCCCUCCCCCCUCCGAGAGUCCGGGAUGGAGAGCCGAAAGGACAUGGUUAUGUUUUUGGAUGGGGGUCAGCUUGGCACUCUGGUUGGCAAGAGGGUCUCCAAUUUGUCCGAAGCCGUGGGCAGCCCGCUGCCCGAGCCGCCCGAGAAGAUGGUGCCCCGUGGUUGCCUGAGCCCGCGGGCCGGUCCUCCGGCCGCCCGGGAGCGCGGCGGGGGAGGCCUGGAGGAGGAGCCGGUGGACGGACUAGCAGGCAGCGCUGCGGGGCCGGGCGCCGAGUCGCGGGCAGCCGGGGCCGCGGUACUCGGCCCCGGACCUCCGGCUGCCUCCGCCGACAGUCUCUCUGGCCAGGGGCAACCCAGCAGCUCAGACACCGAGUCGGAUUUCUAUGAAGAAAUCGAGGUGAGCUGCACCCCGGACUGCGCCACGGGGAACGCCGAAUACCAGCACAGCAAAGGGCCUGGCUCUGAAGCACUGGCCAGCAGUCCCAAUGGCAGCAGCGAGACCCCCAAAAGCAAUGGCAGCGGUGGCUCCCAGGGCAGCCUGGCCUGCAGUGCUAGUGACCAGAUGCGACGGUACCGUACUGCCUUCACCCGGGAGCAGAUUGCACGACUGGAGAAGGAAUUCUACAGGGAGAACUAUGUAUCCAGGCCUCGGAGAUGUGAGCUGGCAGCUGCCCUAAACCUGCCCGAAACCACAAUCAAGGUGUGGUUCCAGAACAGGCGCAUGAAGGACAAGCGGCAGCGGUUAGCCAUGACGUGGCCGCACCCGGCCGACCCCGCCUUCUACACGUACAUGAUGAGCCACGCGGCGGCCGCGGGCGGCCUGCCCUACCCUUUCCCGUCGCACCUGCCCUUGCCCUACUACUCGCCCGUGGGUCUGGGCGCCGCGUCCGCCGCAUCCGCCGCCGCCUCGCCUUUCAGCGGCCCGCUGCGCCCGCUCGACACCUUCCGUGUGCUCUCGCAGCCCUACCCACGGCCCGAACUGCUGUGCGCCUUCCGCCACCCGCCGCUCUACCCGGGCCCGGCGCACGGACUGGGCACCGCGGCCGGCGGCCCCUGCUCCUGCCUCGCCUGCCACGGCGGCCCGGCCAACGGGCUGGCGCCCCGCGCCGCUGCCGCCGCCGCCUCGGACUUCACCUGUGCCUCCACCUCCCGCUCGGACUCCUUCCUCUCCUUCGCGCCCUCGGUGCUCAGCAAGGCCUCCUCCGUGGCGCUGGACCAGAGGGAGGAGGUGCCCCUCACCAGAUAAGGGGCCGCCCGCGGGCAGCCGGCUCCAGGACGCCCGUGGGGACCCCUCGGGGACUCAGACAGCAUCCCUCCCCGCCCCAGGGGCACCGAGGGGAAAGAAGAGGGCCGCCGAGGACCAGCGGGACUUGGUUUCGAGCAUCGAGCGUCGAAAUGCCUGGGAAGGGGUCCUGGCUGGCGCGUCUGGGGAGCAGGAGUGGGGUUGGGGAGGCUGAGCCUGAAAGACCUUCCUCUGGGUCGGCCCCUCUUUGCCAUUCUUCACCCGACCCACUGCCCUGACCUGGGCUUGAGGCCGUGGCUCCAAAGCUUAACAAACUUAGCAGUAACAGCAACCAGUAUCAAGCCCCUUAGCCCCCAACCCCCAACCCUUUUCUCACCCGGACCCCUCCCCCUUGCAAAGGCCAAGCCCAUGCGAUGGAAAGGGAAAUUGCUGUCUCUCUGAACAAAAUGCUGUGUAUGCAGAGCAGGUAGAGAUUAAUCUUUGCCAGCUUUUCCAAGGCAUGGCAAGGGGCUUGUGGAUGACAGUGCACCAGCCAUCUAGGGGAGAGAGGGAGAUGAUUUACUACCCUCCCAAAGAAGCAGGGGGCUCUCUGGCCCCCCUGGAGCCUCAGUUACAGGAUAUUUUCUGAUUCUGGCAUCUACCAGCACCUGAUCUCUUUCCUCUCUCCUGGCUUCUCCUCCACUGUAACUUCAUUUCCACCCUCACUUUUUGUGUACUGUGGGCAGGGAAGCUGCAGAUACCCUUGGGUCCCCUGGCAACUUCUCCCAAGCCUCUUCUCCUUGGGCCCAGCACACACCCUGAUUAGCAAGUGAUGUGUGUGAGGAGGGUUUUUGAAUGUUGAAUGUAUAAUAAUGAUUACCAUGCCUCUGGCUGGCCAUGGAGCCCAGAGCGGAGCUGUUAACAAGGCGCCCAGGGAAGAGCUUAGGGAGCAGGAACCUCAUCUCCCUCCUUCCAUAUCUGGUGGCAAAUUAGAGGCUAUUUCCAGCCUUUUCCUUUCAUUCACUAGGAGCUUUCUGGCCCUUCUCUUUGCAUUUGGCAUUUCACACCCAUCUGCCUCCCAAGCUGCCAUGGGGCUUGACUUUCAGAAUACUAGCAGGAGCCUUCUGCUGCUUCUGGGGACUUUGUCUCUCCCCUCCUCCAAGGCUUGUUUGGGAACCACUCCCAAACUCUCACAUCUGUAGUCAUUCUUGCAGCCAGUUUUUGAGGGAUAGGAGAACUUAUACCCCCACAAAGGCAAGUUUCACCCUGACUGGGAGGGAGUGGUUCUUCCUGUAGGGACUGAGUUUGAUUUGGUUUUCCUUUGAAGCCCAAAGAAUUUGCUGUUACAAUUUGUUGACCAUAUUGCAAUAAAGCUGGAUAUGAUUCUCACUUUAGCAUUUUAAAUUUUUUGGUAGCAGGCAGUUUGUUAACUCCUUUUGAAUUAUUAGUUCAACUAUAGCCUUGGGUAGGGGAGGAGUCAAAAGAGGGACACAGUCUCCCAAGCCUCCAUUUGGCAUUGGCAGUCUCCAAAUGGACAUUUCACAGAGGUGGAGAAGGAGGAGCUGCUGUGAGGUGCAUAUUUCCUUAAUUUUGUGCACACUAGGAGACUUGGCUCAACUGGUCCAGCAGAGCGCUGAGCCCAUCGGGAACUCACCCUCAUGAGUCCUCUCCAUCUGCUCCAACGCUUUGAGGAAAGGAGAUUCUGGACUCCGGUCUCUGUAAUCCUAUCUCUACCCCAACCCAAGGUGGAGACAAAUGGGGUGGUGGGAGUGGAGGUGGAGCACUGCAGAGAGCUGGGUUUGUUGGUCAAGCUGAGUCUGCAUCUUAUGGUGAAGGGAAAGGAGGGAGGACUUCUGAGUUGGGAAGAGAGGGUUUGAAUCCUUUUCAAACCGGAAGUUAUCUCCAAGGAUGGAAU